AUGCCUUCGAGUCUAAAGGCUAGAGUUUAUGCAGAUGUUAAUGCAGAACGACCCAAAGAAUACUGGGAUUAUGCAUCCCAUGUGGAAGUAUGGGGAAAUCUAGAUGACUAUAAACUGGGUAAAAAAAUAGGCCAUGGAAGCUCAUGUGAUGUAUUUGAAGGUGUCAAAAUUGCAACGAAUGAAAAAGUUGCUAUUAAAAUACUCAAAGGAAUUGCAGAGGUGAAAAUUAAGCGAGAAAUAACAGUUCUGGAGAAUUUACGAGGAGGCCCCAACAUCAUAACUUUGCUAGCCACUGUAAAACGGCCUCAGUCAGAAACAACAGCCUUAGUUUUUGAAUAUGUAAACAAUACCCAUUACAAGAAAUUAUACCGUACCUUAACAGAUUUUGAAAUACGGUUUUACACCUAUGAGCUUCUGAAGGCUUUAGAUUACAGUCAUAGCAUGGGAAUUAUGCACCGAGAUCUAAAACCCGAAAACAUCAUGAUAGAUCAAGAGAACAGAAAGCUAUGGCUAAUUGACUGGGGGUUGGCAGAAUUUUAUCAUCCUGGCAAAGAAUACAAUACAAAAAUUGCUUCCCGAUGCUUCAAAGCUCCUGAGCUGCUGAUUGAAUAUGACACUUACGAUUAUAGUAUGGAUAUGUGGAGCCUAGGGUGUAUCCUAGCAAGCCUGGUCUUUCAGAAAGAGCCAUUUUUUUAUGGUCGUGAUAACAAAGAUCAGUUGCUGAAGAUAGUCAACAUUAUGGGAACAGAGCAUUUUUUUGAGUUCAUUGAAAACCAGAAUAUCUACUUAGAUCCACGUCUCCGUGUAUUCUUGGGCACGCAUCUUCGUGUUCGAUGGGAGCGCUUUGUCCACACUGACAACCAGCACCUUGUUAACCCACAAGCUUUUGAUAUUCUAGAUAAGCUGUUACAAUUUGACCCUCAAUUAAGGCUUACUGCCAAAGAGGCCAUGGAGCACCCCUAUUUCAAAAUUGUCGUGGGGCGCAAGGCUCUGCUAUCCCAGGAAUCUAGCAGUACAUCUUCCACCAGUGAUAGCAGUGCGCCAGGGACUUCUUCCACAUCAGAGCCCCCACCCCCUACAUCUAAGGCUGAUCAAGUAGUGGCUGACACUCCCACAGUCCCCGAGAAUCCUGGUCCGUCUUCAACAGAUGCUCAGAAGUAA